UCGAGUCUAACCUUCAUACCGGAAGUGAGAGAGUGGGGACAGGCGCGAGCAGCGUCCAAGAUGGUGUCCACCAGGAGAGGAGUGUGUGUGAGCUCUCCAGCUAAAACUAACCCCAACCAGUCCUCAGACGUCCCGGCCACUCCCUCCACUGUUCGAAGAUCAAGGAGAACUACUAAACAAGCAGAGAGUCCUACCCAUGAUGCCCUUGUGGAGACUAGCCGCCAGCUUGAGAAAAGUAACAGAGGAUCUCCAGCAUCUCCGCCGCCCUCCUUGAUUAAAAGAUGCGCCAGAGCUUCCAGACUCCACAGUCCAGAGCAGCCCUGCACACCCGUGGACUCAACCCAUGAAGGAGACGUGUCAGACGCGGGGUCCUGCUGCUCUGCGCUGUCCGACAUCGAACCACCGGUGACACGGACCAGAGGCAUGAGGGCACCGCCCCGGGCAGUCAGUCCGGAGGAUGAGGAGAUAUCUGAGGUGGAGUCGUGCUCCUCUGUAGUGUCUGCAUCGAAUGCUGGUCAAAUUACUCGCAGGACCACCAGGAGAAAGACGGCUCCUGCAUCCCGUGACCUGGCUCCAGCAUCUCCUGACCCGGCUUCUGCAUCUCCUGACCUGGCUAUGGCUCCUCUUGAGGCAGCAGAAGUCGACCAGAUGCUGGAGACAGAGUCCUGCAGCGCUGUGGCGUCCGAAUCCAAGAGAGUCACCAGAAGUCUGAGGAAAACUGCUGGCACCAGAUCAGCUGCUAAACGACAAAAUGAGGCCUCGGAGGUCUCAGAUGCUGACAGCUGCGCAUCAAGUGUCACAGAAGCUGCGGUUACUAGGUCCACCGCCCGCAGAUCCACGAGAUCCAGAAAAUCAGCACACGUCAUCCCUAUAAACCUCGACGAGGGCUCGGACUGCUCUUAUUCCCCGCCUCGGAGAGGGCGACAGACCAGGGCAGCAAGAGGAAAGGCAUCAGUGACUGUGGAUGUGAGUGAUCCCCCGUCUCCCAACUCUGAUGGGUUUGAGUCAGGGUCCACUUACAGUAUAACCACUCGUAGGCGGGGCAGGGCACAACCCCAAGGCCCCAAAGCCUUGGACUCGGACUCUGACCUGACGGACAGAGGAACUCCCUGCAGCAGCCGCACAGGCUCAGGGAACCGCAGUCGAGGUGUUCGGGUAACUGGAAACUCCGUCAAAAAUCUUUCUAUUGUUCUAAAAAAAGUCUGCGAGUCGAUGGUAGAGGACGUCUCAUUAAAUGACUCCACGUUAGAACGCACGCUGCUCACUGAGGAUGCAGACCGCACACUGUCAGAGGAACCUAUGAGCCUAACGCUGGAAGAAAAAGAAGAUGUAAAGGGAGCUGAUCGCACAGCCAAUGAGGUGGAUACAAAUGAAGAGGAAAAGGAUGAAGAGGAAAAGGAAGAAGAGAAAGAAGUUAUUGCGAGUAGAGUUAAUCUCACAUCCAAUGAGGUGGAUACAAAUGAAGAGGAAAAGGAUGAAGAGGAAAAGGAAGAAGAUAAAGAAGUUAUUGCGAGUAGAGUUAAUCUCACAUCCAAUGAGGUGGAUACAAAUGAAGAGGAAAAGGAUGAAGAGGAAAAGGAAGACGAGAAAGAAGUUAUUGCGAGUAGAGUUAAUCUCACAUCCAAUGAGGUGGAUACAAAUGAAGAGGAAAAGGAAGUUGUCAGUGAGCCUGCAGUAAUGGUCAAAGGCCAGCAGGAGGAGCCGUCUGCUGAAAAAAAAAACGAAGACACCUCAGAGGUGGAAAUGAUGCAGGAAAUGAUCGAGUCAUCCGAGCCGUUGAAGCAUUGCCAAUCAGUCACAGUAACGGAAUGUGAGGAGGCCUCUGGAAUCAUGGCGGAGGAGGAGGACCAACCCAUGGAGGCAGCUGAUGUGGCGACACACUCAUCACAGGGAGAUGAGGCUGAGGUUGAGGAUGCAGUUGUAGAAACUGGGCCCAGUGAUGAGGAGAAAAUGGAAGUGAACACAGAUGCUCAGCAGGUGGUCGACUCCAGCGAGGUCCAAGUCAAGUCCAUUCAGGUAACAUCCAGCCAGCAGCUAACCAUCACAGUGGAUUCUGAACCCGAACAGCAGCAGAAAGACGUCAUUGUCCAGAAAACUAAAGUCAUCAGCCUGCUGGACAGCAGCGACGAUGAAGAGGAGGGGGACGUUUCUGGAGUCGAUGAGGAGGAAUUGGGUUCCGGGAAAGAGGAAGAGGGAGCAGGACCGUCUAAGAAGUCAGAAUCAGCAGCUGCAUCAGUGGGAGGACUGUUUAUGAUCGACACGCGGCCCGGACAAGAAGCUGACGGACAUUACUACAAGGAAAGACCAACAGAAGAAGAGGAGGCCCAAAACAGAGAAGCUGAACAAGAGGAGCAGGAUGAGGAGUUUGUGGAUGAGGAGGGGGAUGAUGAUGAUGACGACGAAGAUGCAAAACUCCUCUUCACGUGUCGAAAUCCUCAACUGAAAGAUUUCUCCACCCGCAUCGACCCCGGCAUCAAAAUGAAGGAGUUGGGGGGUUUAUACAUCAACUUUGGCGGCAGCAACUCAAAACCUGCCUCCACUUCGUCCAAGGAAAAGAAGAUCCAAGAUGAGGUGAUGAAGAAAAGUGUGAUUGGACCAGAAUUUGAAAAGAAGGACGCGGUGCCUCCGUACAGUGAAUCCAAACAAGCCGUAAAACUGAAAAACAGAGCAGAGAGGGCGAAAUGUACAGGAGAUGCUUGGUUCAAUAUGAAAGCCCCUGAGCUCACUCAGGAGCUGAAAGGAGACCUCCAAGUCCUGAAGAUGAGGAGCACCAUGGACCCAAAGAGGUUCUACAAGAAGAACGACAGAGACGGUUUUCCCAAGUAUUUUCAGGUUGGUACCGUGGUGGACAGUCCAGUCGACUUUUAUCAUUCCCGUGUUCCCAAGAAAGAGAGGAAGAGGACGAUGGUGGAGGAGCUUCUGGCUGAUGCUGAGUUUAGACAUCAAAACAAAAAGAAAUACCAGCAAAUCCUGACAGAGAAAGCAGCCCAAGGAGCCGGCAGGAAGAACAGGAAGAAGAGUAAAUUCCAUAAGAAGUGAAUGUAAAGACUUUGAAUGGAAUUAGCUCCUGCUCUGUAGCAGGAGGUGGAUUUUUUUGUCGAUGAUUGAAGCUUUAAUCAUAUUUUGGAUCUGCAACCUGAAUCUUCACUGAAUCCUUCUCUUUGACGACCUUCAUCUGAACAUGGACUGAGGUUGUGUGUCAACUGAAACAUUGAACAAAUCAAGUGGAUUGAGUGAUAUUACAACUAGGGAUUAUUUUGUGGUGAAUCUGGUGCAGGCUUCGAUUUACAAGUAAAACAUAUUUUUAAUCACACUGACGUGCACACUUUGCUGUGCAGAAAUUGUCAUCCACACAGUGCAUCUAACAUUAAAAUAUUUAGAUUUGA